GGGUUGGGGUUGGGGUGGAACAGGAUGGUGGAUGGGCCGCUGCUCUCCAAGGGGCCAGGCAGCCCUAGAAAACCCCAUGAUGGAGAGUCUGCCAGCUGCUUGUGGGUACAGAAGUCCAAGCUGUUAGUGAUUGAAGUGAAGACCAUCUCCUGUCAUUACAGUCGCUGGGCCCCUGCUCACCAGCCCAUGGACCCAUCCGGGGAUCCUUGGGUCCAGGAACCUUCAAGCCACAGGUAUGGGCUGGACAAGAAACCCCCAGAGCGGCUGCUUCGCCGGGCAUGGGUGCCCCGAGUGUUGCAAGAAGCAACCAACUGGGGGACACGGCAUCCACCCGAGGUCCGACCAAGGGAGCAAGAGAAAAGGAAGGCGGCCUCUCAGGAGCGGGAGGCAAAAGAAACAGAGCGAAAGCGGCGUAAGGGAGGUGGGGUUCGAAGUUGGAGCCCUCCAGGUCUUUAUCGUUCAGAACCCCGGAGUCCAUUGGGCCGAGCACGGGGCGGAGGGGGGUCCCGCCACGAACCUGGCGAUGUCCCUAAGACCGCCCAGCCUAAGGUUCGUCAGUUUCCUUGGUUGCCUGGGCACCUUGGGCCAGCCGGCCGCCCGCCCCGUCCAGCAGCACAGUCGCUGAGAGAGCCUGGGACCGCAGCUCGAGUGGGGCUCGGGAUAGGGCGGCCGUCCGGGCCUCCCAGUUAUGAAGCCCACCUGCUCUUGAGAGGCGCCGCGGGGCCGAUCCCUAGGAAGCGCUGGGACCGGCCUCCACCCUACGUGGCUCCGCCUUCUUAUGAUGCCCCUCAUCGGACCUUGGGGGCCAAACAGCUUCCGCGGCUGCCCACCCCGCUAGCUCCGGCUUCUACUCUAGAAGGCAAAGAUAGAGGGGAGCGCCCCAAGAAGAGGCUGGAUCCGCGAAUCUACCGCGACGUUCUAGGGGCUUGGGGGAUUCGGCAGGGUCGGGGCACCCUGGGUGGGUUUCCAGCUUGUGGAGGGCUGGGGCUUGGAGGGAAGACUAAAGACAAGGUCUCUGGGGUCUUUCUCGGGGGUCUCAAUAGUAACUGCAGCGAGAGCUAUUCACAGCCUAGGGCUAACCAGAUCGCUAGAGCAGCAACAUUAACCUCUGGCAUCUCCCAAACGACAACCAGAACCCAGGUCCAUCUCAGAGAGGUCUCUGAAGGAGAACGGGCAGGAGAACAGAGCUGGUCCCGCGAGACCUGGGGUCCUUCCCCCGGAGACCAGGUAGCGCAGCAUAGUCAAACCCUUCCUAGACCCUGGGCCCCUGGGAGUCCGAGAGAGAAAGAGUCCCCGGGAGAGAGGGAUGGAUACCAGAGGUCUUCCAAGUUACCAACCGACUGGAAGGAGACCCAUCGGGAUCAUACCGUACCCCGCAGCCCCAACAGUUCUGUUGGGGAAAACGGAGUGUUUGUCAUUGACGCCACGUGCGUUGUCAUUCGGGCUCAGUUCAUCCCGACCCCUCAAAUCCAACACGUGCAGCUUUUGUCUUCCCCAGGGCCACGGGAUGGGGGGAACUCCCUGGCUUUUCAGAAGCCCGGAAAAGAGGAGGGAGAGGAGGAGCAAGCCUUCACUUCCCCAUGUCAAAAACUGCUGCAGAAUAGCCGGCUCUUUGAUCAGCUCGGCAAGGGCUUCUCAGAUGCAUGGGGUGAGGGUGUUGAAGCCCGCAUACCGGAGGACCCCUCACUGAAAGAGCGCGCCUCCCGUAUCCUGGGGCUGCCAAUCAGGGAGUUAGACCUGGGGGUGUCCCCCAAUAAAUGUAACUCGGACCCCGGUGGGCCCAACGAAAUGGCUGCGAGGUGCGCGGAUGUCGCUCGGGACUCGGAGCCAGGGCCUAGGGUCCUACGGCCAGCCGGCCGGGGCUGGCCGCGGGACCCAGGGCCUUACGCCGGGGCCCUGCGGGAGGCUGUAUCCCGCAUCCGCCGCCAUACAGCCCCGGACUCAGACUCGGAUGAAGCCCCGGAGUGCGGCGCCCAGAGCUGUUCCUCCGAAGGGAGCGACACAGAAGCCUCGGGUAUCUCCAGGCAGCCUGAGCAAAGCCUGCCCGGGACCCCAGGAGAACAGGGAGAAGCCGGGCGCAGGGCCGGAGAGCUGAGAGACUGUAUCCGGGAAAUCCUGGAUGUAAUCUGCCAGACUGAGGAGGCAUUAUUCCGGGCCGAGGGCCCAGCUCGGGGAAAACAGGGAGGGGGGCACCCCCAGCUAUAGGGUCCCGGACCAUGGACCUGAUCCCGCCCUCCAUAGUCCAGCUCACAUUCGCUGGCCUCUUCUCACUUUAUUCUAUAACUUUACCCUUACAUGUACCCCGAACUGGAGGUCCUUACAGUGGAAUCAGAGGAACAAAUAGCCAUUUGAGUUUUUAUGCUUUUAUUUUAGAAUGGGAAGUCGGGGAAGUGAAAUCAUCUUAUGUCUGGAUCAAUUCCGUAACAAUCUCAAUUAAAGGGCUUCAUAAACAAA